AUGGCCCCCCUCAGAAACCAGAGUGCCCCCUCUCCCACCUUCUUCCUGGUCGGCAUCCGAGGACUGGAGGCAAGAAGCCCCUGGGCCUCCCUCCCUUUCUGCUUCCUCUACGCCAUUGCCCUCCUGGGAAACAGCGCCAUUCUGCUCGCGAUUGUGAAGGACCGCAACUUACACAAACCCAUGUACCUUUUCCUCUCCAUGCUGGCGGUGAGCGAGCUGGGAGUGUCCCUCUCCACCCUCCCCACCGUGCUGGGCGUCUUCCUCUUCGGUGUGCAGGAGAUUGGCCUUGACGCUUGCCUCAGCCAGAUGUUCUUCAUCCACUGCUUCUCCAUCAUGGACUCCGGGGUGCUCUGGGCCAUGGCCCUGGACCGCUUUGUCGCCAUCUACAACCCGCUGCGGUAUGCUUCCAUCCUGACCGGCCACCGCAUCGCCCUGAUAGGCUCGGGGAUUGCGUUGAGGAGUGCUGUCCCGAUGAUCCCACUGGUGUUUCUUUUAAGAAAGCUUCCUUUUUGCAAAUCCAGAUCCCACCUGCUGGCUCACCCCUACUGCCUGCACCCCAAUUUAAUCCGGAUCCCGUGUGCAGACACCACACUCAAUAACAGAGUUGGCCUCUUUGUUGUCGUCAUCACCUUUGGGAUCGAUUCCCUGUGCAUUGUCUUGUCUUAUGUCCUGAUUUUUAGGACCGUCUUGAGCAUCAGCUCAAGGGAAGGUCGCCUGAAGGCCCUCAACACCUGCGUGUCCCACAUCUGUGCAGUGGUGGUUUACUACACCCCAAUGGUCGGCCUCUCCAUGGUCCACCGAUUCAGCAAGCGGGCAUCCCCUCUGGUGCCCUCCCUCCUGGCCCACAUCUACCUCCUGGUUCCUCCAGCCCUCAACCCCAUCAUCUACAGCAUCAAAACCAAGGAGAUCCGGAAGACUCUCUCCAAGUUUCUGGCUUGCAAAAAGUCCUGA